AUGGAUUCUGAUCUAUGGAGAGUCAUUAAGAAUAGAAAACAACCCUCCUUGAGUAGAACAGUUCAAAGACUAUGUUUUAAGAUUUUGAAAGCUCUGGAAUACAUGCAUGGACUUGGGUAUUCCCACCAUGAUCUCAAGCCUGAAAAUCUCUUGCUGGAGGGAAACAACAUCAAAAUUUCAGACUUUGGCCUUGCUAAUAACUUGAAGGAGAAAAUGGAAAAGAACGAGCCCUUGGAUCCACAUGUUGCAACCAUAGCCUAUAAAGUGCCUAAACUUCUACUCAAAUCAUCAUGCUAUGAUUUCGCCAUUGAUAUGUGGUCACUUGGAGUCAUAAUAGCUCAGUUCCAUGGUCUUGAACCCAUUUUUGGAAGUAGAAGUGACUGGAGAAAUCAGAUUUAUAACAUAUGCUCCGUGAUUGGAUGCCCCAAUGAAAAGACAUGGCCUGAGGGAUUGAAGUUAGCAGAGUCAUUGGAUUACCAAUUUCCAAAAGAGUUUGAUGGGGAGAAUUGUAGGAAGAAUUUGCGUAGAUUGAUGUCGACUGCGAGUGAGGAAGUGAUUGAUCUUGUAAAGCAUUUGUGCUCAUGGGAUCCCAAACGUAGACCCACUAUAAAACAAGCACUCAGCCACCCUUUUUUCCAGUCGUGUAAUAAUACUAUGAAUCCAAAGUUUUUCAGGUAUCAGACGAAUAGUGUGCUAUCGCAAAAUGUGGUAUUUUAUGGCUUCGAUGUUUUUAACAGUGAGAAAGAAGAAAGAAGCAUUCAGGGAUGUGUGGGUAGAAUUUCAAGAAAUUCUAAAGAAAAGGGUUCGGCUAGGAUUUCAAUAGAAAAAGGUUCAAGCAGGUCCACAUGGCAAGAGGCUGGGGCCUGGUGUCGGAGGUCCGACAAGAUGUUUGCCGAGGGCAGGCUAGGCCGGUGGGAUCUACAGAGACUAAGGGCCAGUGGGCGGUGCCCGAGGGCCGGCGGAAGGCACCGAGGUCGGGCUAGCAGUGGAGGGCAUGCACGAAGACCGGCGGGAGUAGGUACAAGUACGACAGCACAUGCAGCAGUCGGCCUGUAA